AUGCCCCGUGAACCGUAUCAGAGAUGCUCUCAGGCGAUUUUCGAAGCCUGGCUGAAACCGCGAAUUGAAGGCGACCCUCUAAUAACUUCCAGGUUUGGGAUGAAGUUCCAGAGUUUGAUUGAAGAAGAAGAUUCUGUGACUAGUACACUUGUCGACCAAGCGGGCCAGACACAUACCGUCAAAUCAUCCUACGUAAUCGGCUGUGAUGGCGCUGGUAGUAAAGUCCGUCAGAGCAUCGGAAUCACAAUGACAGGAGGGCCGGUCCCAGGAGCCAUGUUUCUCAUCCACUUCAAGUCUCGUGACUUGGAUAUCCUCCAUCGUCAAGGUCAAUUCUGGCAUAUUUUCUUCACCACUGGAUACGUAAUUAUCUCUCAGGAUGAGAAAGAUACUUGGACUAUGCACGUUCCCGUGUCGAUUGACGCUAAACUUUCCGAAAUGGACCCUUACAAGGAGAUCAGCAAAGGACUAGGUAUUGACGCGUCAAAAGAAUCCUUAAAAGUUGAUGAGAUUCUAGUCACAAGUAUCUGGAGACCAAACAUCUACCUAGCUGACCGUUAUAUGUCGAGUAGAGGUCGAGUGUUCAUCUCCGGCGACGCUGCUCACCAAAACAUACCGACAGGCGGCUACGGUAUGAACACAGCUGUUGGAGACAGCUUUGAUAUUGGCUGGAAAGUAGCAGCAGCGGUCCGGGGUUAUGGCGGCCGGUCACUAUUACAAUCAUACGAAGACGAAAGAAGGCCGGUAGGCAUGAGGAAUAUUGAUCGAUCUGGUGCUCAUUGGAAAGUCCAUGUCACUUGCUGGGAAAUGAGCGGUCGGUCAGAGGGUGCAGUAUCUUCAGAAACAGAAAAAGGAAACGCAGUUCGAGAAGAGCUUGCGCAACAUUUAGUGACACACGAUAACGAGAACAAGGAUCACGGACUGGAACUUGGAUAUCGGUACAAAUCUGAUGUAAUUGUCUUGCAGGAAGAUGCUUCUACCGAGCCUCCCUGGCUGGAGAAGCACUACAUCCCGUCAACCUGGCCUGGGGCAAGAGUUCCGCAUGUCUUUCUGAAGGAUGGCGUGGCGAGCGUAUUUGAUCUAUUCGGCCAGGGCUCAGAAUGGACCUUGGUCGAUUUCUCGCAGAAGGGGGAUUAUAUCAAACUAUUCCAGUCCGCGCAGGCAUCGUUGGAGGUCAACAUCCCAAUCAGGUUCGUCCAUUUACCGGAAGAGCCGCAUGCUCGCAAGGUCUGGGAAAGAGAUGCGGUGCUGGUAAGACCGGAUGAUCAUGCGGCCUGGAGAUCCUCUACGGGUGGAGACUUGAACUUUGAUGCGAGAAAGAUUCUAUUGACCGCAACAGGACAAGCUUCAAACGACUUCGCAGCAAGGUUGAUGAAUGAUGGAGGGGAGAAAACCGAAGAAUUAGUGUUCACGGGCACUGUCGGGAAUGUGGAGCAAAGUAAGGUCGAGCAAUUAGCUGCGUUCCAGAGGUAG